AUGCCCAAAAACCCUAAUCGCGUUAUUCAGGCUUCCUCUCUGCCUUCGCCAUCCAAGAGGUGGGAGAGAAAUCUGCAGAAUGUGGACCUCCCCCCUCUUCAGCCAAAGGGUAAGAAGAAACCUUUCCCGGUUCCUCUCAAGAAGAUGCAGCGUGCGGCAAAGGAGAUCAGGAAACAGGGGCAGAUGGGAAUAGAAAGGCCACUUGAGCCCCCGAAGAAUGGAUUGCUGGUUCCCGACCUUGUUCCUGUUGCUUAUGAGGUGCUGGACCAGUGGAAAGAGCUCGUCAGAGGCCUCAAGCAGCUGCUCAAUUUUGUUCCCAUCUAUGGCUGCAGGUAUGAACAUGAGGCACUAAUUCAGAUAAUUUUAAUCAUCUCCACUUUCUACAUUUAGUAAUUUUUUGCAUACCCUGAUCGAAAAAAAUCCAAAGGUUACUACAAAAAUACUUGAUAAACAUUUGUCAUGAAAGCCAUCUGCUAUGUUGCAUCUUACAAACUAUGGAUGAGUGAUCUUUUGACUUUUUUUUUAAAUUGUUCAAGUUCUGAGAUAAAAAUUGCCUGGCGGCGAGGCAGUUGACUCACUAGUUUCCUGGUAUUUUUGUUAGAUACUGCUCUGAAGUCCAUGUCGGCCUGGUUGGGCACCAAAUCCCUGACUGUCUUGGUUCUGGAAAUGGACAGCGGAGGAGCCUGCACUCAUGGGUGAGAGGCUCCAUCAACGACGUCCUCCUCCCCAUCGAGUCCUAUCAUGUCUUCGACCCUUUCGGCCGCCGCAUCAAGCACGAGCACCGGUUCGACUACGACAGAAUUCCGGCCAUCGUGGAGCUCUGCAUCCAGGCAGGGGUCGACAUCCCGGAGUACCCUUCUCGCCGGAGAACCCAGCCCAUUCGAAUGAUGGGAAAGAAGGUCAUCGACCAUGGCGGCCAUGUUGAGGACCCACAGCCAUACCGCUCCAGAGAAGAAGACUCCAUGGCCCUUCUGUCAGAGCUCGACACCUUCGGGCCGCCCACUGCUGACUGCCCUCCCGAGACCGAUCGGCAGCGGCUCGCCGAGAGGACCCUCAAGGCCUACAGCUCAGUGAGGAGGGGCCUGAGGCAGCUGAUGAGAAAGUACACCGUCAAGUGCUGCGGGUACUGCAGCGAGGUGCAUGUUGGACCCUUCGGCCAUGACGUGAAACUCUGCGGGGCGUUCAAGCACCAGUGGAGGGACGGCAAGCACGGCUGGCAGGACGCCACCAUUGAUGAGGUCCUGCCCCCGAAUUACGUCUGGCACGUCCGCGACCCAGUUGGGCCACCACUGACGGCGGCGCUGAAGAGGUUCUACGGCAAGGCGCCGGCGGUGGUGGAGAUGUGUGUGCAAGCCGACGCCGCCAUCCCGGAGGCCUACCGCCCAAUGAUGCGGCUCGACAUCGUGAUCCCGGACUCUGAGGAGACCCGCUUGGUCGCUUGA